AUGGAGGACGUUUCCAAUCUUCCGAUGUCGUUAGGCGAUGCGUUUGCCGAGAGGGAGAUGUACGGUUGGGGAAAUUUGAAAAUUGGACAGAAGGGACCUGGUAGAGAUAUCGGUAAUCCUUUGUCCCCCCCCAAAGGCUCUGAGAACGUCUAUGGAUUGAAGGAGAAGCAAAAAGGAGUAACGGCGACUUUGGUGGAAAAAGUCUUCGAUAAUUUUUUUUCUGACAAUUUUAAUUUGAAAACUUUAAAACCUGUUAGGAAGAGGGUAGUAUCAAAGAAAGAGAUUAAUCUAUUCAAAUCUGCGUACCGACCAGCAAUCAGAAUUAAGAAAAGGAAUGCUCAUAAUAAAUAUAUACGUAGAGCGUCAAAUAAACAAGCAGCUAUGCGGAAUGUGAUUAAAGCCAAUGGUGUGCAAUCAUCAAAAUCACAUUCGUCCACUCUCAACGCGAAUAAUUUAAACUUUUUCUUCGUUAGCAUUGAUGAAGCCAUUAUUGCUGAAAUUCCAGCUACUCAGUCGAAGUUCAAAGAUUUUAUACAGACUAACCAGCGAGGAAGGGGAGUAGCAAAAAAAGAACAAAAGCACAUCAACGACAAACGUUCUCAUCUACCGUCAGUUUCCUAUGCAGAUUUUGAUGGAAAGGAACCGGCUUCGGCAUUGUUCUGUAACCAAUAG